CAAUAACAUGGCAGUACUGUUCGAAACAACUCAGCUGAUCCGUGCAAGCUGGGUUCUGCGAUUAUUUUGAAUAUAAUUUUUAUGGGAUAUUAAAUGAGUUUUUAAAUUAAAAAAUGCGUUUAUCAAGUACGUUAAGUGCAAUACCCGUCAGGAAGCCAGUAUACCCAAAACGAACUAGCAAAAUAAAAUCUUUGGCUAUUGUGACCACUGGCGCGGUUAUCUUUCAUGCCGGCUUUUGCAUUUACAAGGGCAACGAGAAAUUCUAUAAAAAUACAUUAAUGCCCUUGACGCGUUACUUACCGGCAGAGAUGAGUCACAAUUUGGCAGUGCUAGCUUGUAAGUAUAAGGUGUUCCCGCAACCACCACAACCGGACUCACAAAAUUUGUCUGUUGGAUUCUUUAACAAACAAAUAACGAACCCUAUUGGAAUUGCUGCUGGAUUCGAUAAGCAAGGUGAAGCUGUCGAAGGUUUAUCAAAACUGGGAUUUGGUUUUGUUGAAAUUGGCUCAGUAACGCCUGAACCUCAGCCCGGUAAUCCGACUCCCCGCGUUUUUCGCUUACUUAAUGAUAAGGCUAUUAUAAAUCGCUAUGGGUUUAACAGUGAAGGCCAUCGGGUGGUUUUUGAGCGUUUGAAUGAGCUGAAAAAUGUUCGCGGUUUUGAUGGUGUGCUGGGUGUAAAUCUAGGAAAAAAUAAAACCUCAGGUUCCCCAAUAGCAGAUUAUGUAAAUGGCGUGAAGAUGUUUGGACCCAUUGCCGACUAUUUGGUGGUUAAUGUGAGCAGCCCAAACACACCGGGACUACGAGAUUUACAAGGCAAGAAAGAGCUCGAAGAAUUAUUGACGCAAAUUGUUGAAACACGCAAUUCUUUACCGGUUAACAAUAAAGUACCUAUACUAUUGAAAAUUUCUCCGGACAUUACCAAACAAGAUAUAAAAGACAUUGUUGGAGUUAUAAAUAAGAAAAAGUGCGGGGUUGAAGGCUUGAUAGUGUCCAAUACUACAAUAGCACGCGAUAGUUUAAACGAAGUUGAACUGGCUAAUGAAGCUGGAGGACUGAGUGGUGCUCCCCUACGUUCUAAGUCCACACAACUAAUUGCCGACAUUUAUGCACAAAUCGGCGGUAAGAUUCCCAUUGUGGGUGUUGGCGGCAUUUCAUCGGGGCAAGAUGCCCUAGAAAAGUUGGAAGCUGGUGCCUCGUAUUUACAGUUAUACACUGCCUUUAUAUAUGAAGGACCACCGGUGGUGACGCGUAUUAAAAAGGAGCUAUCACAACUGUUAGAAGAGCGAGGCUAUCAAAACGUACAGGAUGCUGUAGGGAAAAACUAUAAGAACUAUUUGAGUAAAUAAUAAAUAAUGUAAUUUCAAAUACAUACAUAUAUAGUGUAGUGAAGUAGAAAAUUGUGAAUUUUAUAGUUUAACUAAAUGCUUUUAAUAAAUGAUUUUUGAAUACAAAUA